AUGAGCCAAACACUCAAAGCAGCUGUCCUGGUCGUAUCGACGACAGCGGCCCAGGAUCCCACAACCGAUGCCGCCGGAAAUGUGCUGCGCUCGGUCUUCGAACAGGAUGGAGCCGGUCGUUGGAAUAUCACCGAGACCAAGAUUGUCCCAGACUCCGUGGCCCUGAUCCAACGACAGCUCAUGCUGUGGGCUGAUUCCGCGGAUCCGGUCAAUUUGAUCGUAACUACUGGUGGCACGGGCUUCGCCGUCUCGGACCAAACACCAGAGGCUGUGUCUGCACUCCUCCAUAAACAAGCACCUGGCCUUGUACAUGGCAUGCUCGCUGCUUCGCUGAAUGUCACACCUUUUGCCAUGAUGUCGAGGCCUGUCGCUGGCGUCAGGAACAAAACUCUAGUCAUCACUCUCCCUGGGUCACCAAAGGGUGCCAAGGAGAAUCUCCAAGCCAUCGUCAAACUUUUGCCUCACGCCUGUGUCCAGGCCGCCGGCGCCGACUCUCGGUCUAUCCAUUCUGGUGGAGUCGAGAAACUGGAAAAAGAUGCUGGAGUCGUCUCUGCUUCCAACCGUUCUCACUCACACGCUCAUGCUCACGGCCACGGCCAUGGCCAUGAGCAUAACCAUAGCCACGGACACGGACACGGCCAUGGUGCUCUCGUCAGGCACACUGAGCCCAGUGAUAACCCGUUAUCAAAUGAUCCUCGGCUCGGUCCCACAAGAAGGCACAGGGAGUCGCCCUACCCUAUGCUGCUGGUCGAGGACGCCUUGGCGCUCAUUCAGGAGCACACUCCUGCUCCCGUGGUCACGUCUUGCAAGACUGAUACAGCUCUGGUAGGCGCAGUCCUUGCCGAGGACGUCAAAGCCACAGAGAACGUUCCAGCAUUCCGUGCCAGUAUUGUUGACGGGUACGCUGUCGUGGUCCCCAAGAAUGGUAACAUGAAAGGUGUUUUCCCGGUGACGGCUGUGUCUCAUGCCGCACCGGGCGAGGUGAAGGAACUCAAGGAAGGGCAGAUAGCUAGGAUCACCACGGGUGCUCCUCUACCGCCCGGCGCAAGUUCUGUCAUUAUGGUUGAAGACACCGUUUUGAAAUCCAAAACGGAAGAUGACAAGGAGGAGAAAGAGGUGGAGAUUUUAGCAAGUGAUGUGAAAGUUGGUGAGAACAUCAGAGAGGUUGGGAGUGACGUUAAAGCAGGAUCGGUUAUCCUUCAAAAAGGUGAACAAGUAUCUGCUGUCGGCGGUGAAAUCGGCCUUAUGGCAGCCGUCGGUGUCUCACAGGUACAGGUAUACCGUCGGCCUGUUGUUGGUGUCUUGUCAACUGGAGACGAGAUCGUCAACCACGAUCGUCCUGGAGCCCUGCGUUUGGGCGAGGUGCGUGAUACAAAUCGACCUACACUCAUAUCAGCGGCCAGGGACUGGGGAUACCAGGUGAUCGACCUGGGAAUAGCCAGCGACAAGCCCGGCACCCUAGAAGAGACUCUCCGAGAUGGCAUGCGACGGGCUGAUCUGAUCAUCACCACCGGUGGGGUUUCCAUGGGCGAGCUUGACCUAUUGAAGCCAACAAUCGAGAGGGCUCUUGGCGGCACCAUCCACUUUGGCCGGGUGAAUAUGAAACCAGGAAAGCCAACAACGUUUGCGACUGUUCCGGUCAAGAGUGAAGGAGGGGAACGCGUGGCGAAGGUCAUCUUCUCUCUCCCAGGCAAUCCAGCAUCCGCGCUGGUCACGUUCCAUCUAUUCGUUCUUCCGUCUCUCCACGCCAUGUCGGGAAUGUCACCACCAGGUCUUAGCAAGAUCCCUGUGUCACUGGGCCAUGAUUUCAAACUUGACCCGGCAAGGCCGGAAUACCACCGAGCAAUAGUGGCUGUUGGAAGAGAUGGCACAUUGGUAGCGACCAGUACCGGAGGACAACGAAGCUCCAGAGUCGGCAGCCUAAAAGGAGCAAAUGCCCUCUUGUGUAUGCCAAAGGGUACAGAGCCCAUGCAGAAAGGGACAAAGGUGGAGGCACUGCUUAUGGGCACCGUUAGGACUGAUGAAUGA